AUGAACAGGAAUCCCUUUGCUCAGCCGUCUUACACCCCUCAGCAACCCCCUUUACCCCCUGGUCCACCUCCGCCCCAGCCCACGCAACCCGACUACUCUGCAUACUGGGCGGCGGCUGCGGCAGCUCAACACCCGACGCAGCCUGCGUACUCCACACAAUGGCCUGGUGUCGCCGCGGCCGCAGCGCCCACUGUUACGCCCGCCCGGCCAACCGCCGAACAGACAGCGCUCUACGCCAACUACGGCUAUGGUGGCCAGCAAGGCUUUCAGUGGCAGGCCCAGCAGCAUCAGCAACAACGUGCGCCUCAGCCUGCCUACCAACCACCGCCACCGCCACCACCUCAGUACAAUCCAUAUCAACCGCAGGCUGCUGCAGGGUAUGUCCAGCCAUAUAUCCCGCAGGGCGCUCCUUCGGCUCCACCCCCGCCCCCAAUUAUGCAACAAUAUGGACCGCCUAUGCCACAACAACCGCCUCAUAUGCCGCAACAGCAGCAGCAGCAGCCACAACAACAACAACGGCAGUACUAUCCUCAAACACAAAGGCAGAACCAGGGCUAUCGACAGAACAAUCCACAGCAUGGCAUGCAACAUACGCCUCCCAAUCAUCUUCCCCCGGCCAAGCGUCCGCGGCACGACGGACCUGGUGGAUAUCAUGCCAGAGGCUCUCAACCACAGAUACAAAUUCCGCCUCCACAGCCUCAGUUUAACCCGCCUCCACAGCCCUCAGGUCCAAUGCCCGGACAGAUGAUGCAACAGAGUCCAAUGGGUGGUGGCGGAUAUGGCGGCCGCGGCGGAGGGCAAGGUGGAUCGAUGGGGAGAGGAGGAGGUCAAGGAAGUCAAGGGAGUAGAGGAGGAGGAAGGGGCAGGGGUACGCCCAUGGGGAAUAACAGAGGUGGCGCAGGGAGAGGGAGAGGUGGUAGCAUCUACAACAGCGGUAGAGGAGGAAGCCAGAGUGGGGCUCCGCUCCGAAAUCAUGGUUCGCGAGGGAACUUUGGGGGAGGGAACAAUCGCGAUAGUCCCAACCGGCGAGGUGGGUCGUUUGUGAGCGGCGGUGGAUCGGCCAGCGGCGGCCACCAUCAUCAGCAAGGCAUGAAUCCAUCAUACCGCGGACGCGGACAGGGCCAUCCGCACACACACACCUAUGGGCGUGGUGGUAGGCAUGAUAGUAGCAGUUCCGUGUUCUCUUCUCGCGAUGGGGGCAUGGUGUCGUCGAGCUUCGUAAGCAGCAUGGGCAGCAGCAGUGGUAAGAAGGACGAGAAUCGUCGCACGUUAACGGAUUUCAAAAUCGUAGGUCUCGAGAUCCGCGACCUGUCUUGGAGCUGGGGUGUCACGCCGUCGUUGAAGGCCGAAUCCAUCGACGAUGUCCCGAGUGCAGCGUCUUUGGGCACAGAGCAGGAUUCAUCUGCUCAGAUCAAAGAAGAGACCAUCGAGUCGUCUGUGGCUUCUGACAUCUCUUCAUCGCCCCUCAAGGGGGACAUCAUAGAGUCCGUCGCUGAUAAGAUCGAGGAUGCUACUGUCACAGAUGGUGUUCUUUCUGCUCCUACUGCGGUUGUUUCGUCCGAGCCCAAGCUGCUCACGGACAUGCCAGCGCCAGGCGCCAUUCCUCCGCCGCCCUCGCGUAUCCGCAUAUACUUCCAUACGCCCGUCACGUCUGACGAUUCGCACCUUCACAGUGCAAGCGCGCUCACGUUCUCUGGUGUCAAUGCACCUGGCGAGGCGCGCAAAGGCAAGCGCAAGAAGCUUGAGGACGACGAUGGGGACCUCGAGGAAGGGCGCGCGCCUCCGCCGCCUCCUGGGGACCGUGCAAUGAGCAUCGAUGGAAUUGACAUCGCAAGCGUAGCGGCUAGCGCCGAGACUGCGAGCGAGGGCGAUUGGCUUAUGGCGGCCAUUGGUGAAGCCGAGGGCGAAGGGGAAGGGGAAAGUGACGCUGACCUCCACGUGAGCGAGAUCGGUGCGCGUGUGGAUGAGGCCGAGGGUCCGUAUGAGCCAGAGACUGAAGAAUAUGGUAAGUCUUGCAAUCUUGAGGGCGAAGGUCAUGAUAUGUCUUUGAUGGAGGACUCUUCAGAUUUCGUAUAUGACCAGAGCAUGGGCGAUAUACACAUCGCAGAGCCCUCUAAGAAGGACGAUGCCCAGGGCCCUGCUGGACCAAAUGAUUCAAGGGGCGACUCAGAGUCCGUGGUCAAUGGUGUUGAUAGGAAUGGGGUACUUCCUCACCCCGAACAGCAGGAAGAUGCCCCACCUGUUGACAUUGCUCUUGACGCUUCGGCCGCUCAUGAUGAAGAGCACCUGCUGAUCACCCUCAUAGCACUGAUCUGCAGGUGCCUAAUGCACACGAACGAACCACCACGCCGUCCUUCACACCGCCUCUACCCGCAGGCGACCGUGGAGACGCAGCCUGAUGAUCCAUCAUUCUCCGAGACGAACACCCUUGUUUCCGGCGGCUCUAUGGUAUCUACAUAUGGAGAACUGAACCAACUACCCAUGAAAGCCGAGACGAUCACUGGUGUGCGAACGCCAUCGGCCAACCGCUUGUCAAUCUCAUACGCUGCGGGCAUGAAGAGACUUGUCAUCAAUGCCGAAAUUGUGGACAAGCUGAAAGUCUUCAGAAGCGAAGGUCGCAUCGAGGUCUUCGUGAACGUGGACAAGGAUGAAGGGUCCGAACUGAAGGGUAUUCUGGUCGAGGCUCUAUCCGAGUCCGCGAAGUCUUACGUGCCUCUCGAGGCGCUUUCAUCACUGGCAGAAGUUGAUCCCACCAUUCCGCCCCUAUCAAAAGUUGCCUUUCCCUCAAAAUUGACGCUCCUUGUACAUCUGAACACGGAGCGCCCGCUCUCCGAGCCUAAAUGGGUGAAGACAGGUGACGUUCAAGAGUGGCUGAAGUCCGAAUUCGGCCGAAUGUUUUGGGUAGCGGGCGACGCCGCCGAAGGAUGGGAAAAGAAGAUUGAAGUUGUAGAUCCAGCUCCGCCCACGAUAUGGACAACGCUUGAGUGCUGGUCGGUUGACUCUUCAGCCGGACUUCUGACCGAACGGCAGCGUUUCCUUCGCACGCAUAUGGCUGAGACGGACAACAUCCUGGAGAUUCUUCUUCGCUUGGUGCGAGGUGAAAGGGCCACGCCAUUCUCGCAAUCCUCUCCCGCAAUUUCCACUAGCAUCUCGGGACCUCUGCUUUCUGCGCUUUCCGAAGGAUCAGCUCAUGGCUCGCAGCAAACUCACGUCUCCCUUGCCGUCUUGGCGAUCUUCCGUAUGGCGACAGAGUAUGCUAAGAAGGCGAUCGGCGAAGAAAAGGGCAAAACUGAGGUGGAGGAGCGCGUUGGAGAAAUCAUCCGGUGCGUGCCGAAGCACCUGCUCUAUAAGAGCUUGGACGGCAUCUUCAAAGAGUGGAAGGUUGAAAAGAAGGGGGGCAGAUGAGCGAGACUCGUCGAAACUACAGUUCUUCCUCUUCCAGCCCGGUAUUCAUUUUUUUUUCUCAUGAUGCAUAUUCCUUGCUAGCUUCUACAUCUUGUGAUCAGUAUUACUUUUUCCCCUGCCAGCCCGCGAUGCGGAGCACCAUCGGCCCGUAACUUGGCUGUGCAUCACCGAU